AUGUUCGAUCUUUGGUCUUCUAUAGCGUUUGCGAUUGAUCCUAAGCGAACCGAAGCCAUGCCCGCUGUUCUACAAUCUACCAUCAAUCUCCUUGAAAGUGAGCUGGUCAAGGCCCGCGCUGCCCUUCAGGAAAUCCAACCCAAUGCCUCGCCAUUUGGGGUACUGGGCGAUGAAGUCGCCGUAGGUGCCAUGACUGCUUACAGACAAGACCUCAUCGGCCGAGCCCCCGACUUCUAUGGGACUCGCCGUCUGACUCUGAAGGAACUUGGCCUGGCCCCUGUUGUGCGUGGAUUGUCCACCGAACGGGUGCUAUCAAAGGUGUCGCAAUUUAUAGCACCCGCACGCCCAACCCGAACGUCGCUGGUGGAUGUUUUGAGCAAUAGCUUGAUCCUCGACCAAAUGGCUCCUUAUUUAUCAGUAUCCUCGUUGAUGGCUUUAAGUUCAACCUCACGCCGUUUGCACUCUGUGAUCACCCAGACUCCAUAUGUGUUCCGAUAUCUUGAUCUGUCCCGCUGUCAAGGCGCACACCUCGCGCAGGUAUCGCAACAUGAAAACGUCUCUCGGCCAGAGGACGAGAUUUACUCGGCACCAUUAAGGCAUAUCUUUACGAGUCUUGAGCACAGAGGUAUUCUACAAGAUGUGCGCACUUUGAUUUUAGACGGUCUGUCAGUGCCAGCAGACUUGGUGGCCGAUAUCAUCUUAACAGACCGAUUUAAUAUUAAUAUUUUGUCUAUUCGCGAAUGUCACCACUUGGAUGAACGCAAACUCAUGCAGAUCAUUCAACAUGCCAUUCGCCCGACACGUCCUGCAGGCAUGCCACGAGUGAAGGGUAUUUAUCAUUUUUCCGCCACACACACGGGCCCUCAAGCAGUGGUACGACCCCGAUACCGAGACUGGUGGGGAGCCCGUGUGCAGACAUCGCGGAGUCCCAGUCAAACUCCGUCCAGCUCUGAUCAGGAUGAUGAAUCUGGAACGAUUUCAGUGAAGGACCGGCAGAAUGAGUGGUAUAGCCCAUCAGGGAAGAUUUUCAAGCACAACCUGGAGGAAGGCUGGGCUCAAGUACUUCAGAAGUGCGAAGGGAUCAUCGCGUUUGACGCUAUUCUUUGUCGUGGUCCGAGACACGAUCCCAGACUAUACAAUUCAACCACCGAGGAUGACCCAGCUGUGAUGCCGUUGCUUGGACCUGCCGUGGCUACUGUGGCUCUCGGACCCCGUGGAUGUGACGGAUGCCACAGUUCUCCAGAAGGCCCGGCUAUCUGGGGCCAGUCCCCAGAUAUCCAAUUUCCGAUGCUUAGCCCCCCGCCAUUGCACUUGUCUAGCACUGCCGCGGCUAAACAGCCCGAGCUAAUCCCAGGCGAGCAUCCAGUCCUCAUUGCUCGUUGUGCAGAUUGCCUCACCAACCGCUGGUGUCAUCGGUGCAACAAGUGGUUCUGCAGCAACUGUCUACCAAACCCACAGCGUGUCCGAGCAAAUCUGUCCCCGCAUCAAACUGCAGUCCACGCCAGUGCCGCCGAGGCACAAGAACGCGAGGUAGGUUGA